GACAGACCUGCAAGACAAGGGGAGCUGAUGAUGUGGACGAACUGAAGAGGUCGAGAAUAUCCGGUGCAGCUGGUUGUUGUACCCUACACAGCCUGGGCUGGGCACAAGAAGCAAGGAACAAAAUCAAAAAUAGUAUAAAAAAUUGUUUUUGCUGCGUGGAAGAUUGACAGUCGACAAGAACGGCAAGGCAAUGGUGAGCAGCAGCAUAGACGAGCUCCAGCGGCUCUCCCUAGUGUCCAAGGUCUGCACCGAGCUCGACAACCACCUGGGCCUGAGCGACCGCACGCUCGCCGAGUUCAUCAUCCACCUGGCCGAUGAGUUCCCGGAGCCGGCGGCGUUCCGCCAGGCCCUGUCGGAGAACGGAGCCGAGUUCCCGGACUCCCUCGCCGACAACCUCCUGCGGAUCAUUGGCGCCAUGAAGCCCUCCAAGGCGGCUUCGGCCGGGCGGGGGGGGGUGGGGGGGGGCGCGAAGAAGGCCACGCCCAAGGCUUCUGUGGCAAGGGUGCCGAGGAACGAGAAGGAAGCGCGGUUUCCGGGGCUGGCGAUGCCCAACACCGGCGCGGUUCAGCUGGAGGAUGGCUUUGGGGAGGUUGACCCUGGAGAGCACAGCAGGAAGCAAGAGGAGAAGAAGGAGCAAGAUCUUAAGGAGGCCGCGGCCGCGGUCGCUGCUGCCAAGAAGGCCAGGAAGGAGGAAAGGGAAAGGGACGCUAGCCAGGCGGCGGCAGGGAGAGGGGAGGGGGGCGAUGAUGAUACACGGCACCCCCGCAAGCGGAACAGGAGCCGGAGCAGGAGUCUCAGCCGCAGCGGCGGCCGGGACGAAAGGAGGUCCUCCCGUUGGGGCGACGACCGUUCCAGAGACCGGUCUAGGGACCGUUCUAGGGACCGCUCCAAUGACGACCGCGACCGGAGACGGCGGCGCGACGGCAGCAGGGACAGGGACAGGGACAGGGGGGGGGGGCACCGACGCGAGGAGGAAGAGGGCAGGGGGGGUAGAGAUGGUCGUCGAGGUGGUGGGGGUAGUGGUGGCCGUAAUGAUGACGACGGCGACGACCGUGGGGGGGGGGGGAGGUCCUCACGCUGGGGGGACGCUGACGACAGGGGGCGGGGGGGUGACAGACGCCCGCAGGCGCCCAAGCAAGACGCCCAGCCCGAGCUGUAUGGCAUCUACGACGGCAGCGUGAGCAAGGUGAUGGACUUCGGCUGCUUCGUCGAGCUGAGGGGUUUCCCCCCGCAGGCCAACGGGAAGAGGCAAGAAGGGCUGGUGCACGUGAGCCAGAUCCAGAACGGCAUGCUGCGGGACCCCAGCAAGGUCGUGAAGCGCGGCCAGAACUGCAAGGUCAAGGUCAUCUCCAUGGCGGGAGCAAGGCUGAGCCUUUCCAUCAAGGAGGUGGAUCAGACCACUGGGGAAGACCUCAUGCCGGGCAGGGGCCACGAGGCUGCGGCCAAGCUGGCGGACGAGCUCAAGUCGAAUCCGUCGGGCCCCGGCGGCGGCGGCGGCGGCGGGAAGGCGGCGUCUAACCCGCUGCACCCGGGACUGACCCAGGAGAAGCUCCGCGCCAUGGAAGCGGAGGAGGAGAAAAAGAGCCAGCGCGCAGGCAAGCACCUGAGCGAGCAGGAGAUGUGGGAGGCUAGGCAGCUGAUCGCGUCCGGCGUGCUGCCGGUGUCGGAGUACCCGACCUUCGACCCUGAGUCCGGCAUGGGCAUCCUCGGCAACUUCGAGGAGACGGAGGAGGAGCUGGAGAUCGAGCUAAACGAGGACGAGCCGGCGUUCCUGAGGGGGCAAACCCGACAGUCCCGGGAGCUGUCUCCCGUGCGCAUCGUGGCCAACCCGGACGGGUCGAUGCAGCGAUCUGCUCUCCAGCAGGUCCAGAUGGCCAAAGAGCGUCGCGAGCUUCGCCAAGCGCAGGCCAAUCAGGCCAAUCAGCUGAUCGACAACAUGCCCAAGGAUCUAAACAGACCCUGGGAGGACCCCAUGCCAGAUGCGGGGGAGCGUCUCUUCACAAUGGAGCUCAGGGGCAUCAGCGUCUCCGGGACGUUCGAGCUCCCGGAGUGGAAGACCAAGGCCCAGGGCAAGAACCUGAGCUACGGGCAGGUGUCCAGCAAGAGCAUCAAGGAGCAGCGGGAGGGACUGCCCAUCGCGAAGCUCCGGACGCAGCUGUGCGCCGCCAUUGCCGAGCACCGCGUUUUGGUGGUAAUCGGAGAAACCGGUUCCGGUAAGACGACCCAGAUGACGCAGUACAUGGCGGAGAUGGGGUUCACGAGCAGCGGCAUCAUCGGGUGCACGCAGCCCCGCCGUGUGGCGGCCAUGUCGGUGGCAAAGCGCGUGGCUGAAGAAUACGGGUGUGAGCUGGGACAGGAGGUCGGGUACACGAUUCGAUUCGAGGACUGCACCUCGCCGGACACCGUGCUCAAGUACAUGACGGACGGCAUGCUCAUGAGGGAGUACCUGGCCGACAACGAUCUCUCGCGUUACGUGGCGGUGAUGCUGGACGAGGCCCACGAGCGGACAAUCCACACGGACGUGCUCUUCGGCCUUCUGAAGGACCUGUUGAAGCGGAGGGAUGACUUCCGGUUGGUGGUAACGUCCGCCACCCUCGACGCCGAGAAGUUCAGCUCGUACUUCUUCGACUGCCCCAUCUUCACCAUUCCUGGCAGAACCUUUCCCGUAGAGGUGCUGUACACGAAGGAGCCCGAGCCCGACUACGUGGAGGCGAGUAUCACCACGGUGAUGCAGAUCCACCUGUCGGAGCCCGCGGGGGACAUCCUCCUGUUCCUCACUGGACAGGAGGAGAUCGACACGUGCUGCGAGAUCCUCUUCAGCCGGAUGAAGGCUCUUGGAGACCUGGCUCCCGAGCUUAUGAUCCUGCCCGUGUACGGAGCCCUGCCGAGCGAGAUGCAGAGCCGCAUCUUCGAGCCACCUCCGGCGGGAACACGAAAGGUGGUGGUGGCAACGAACAUUGCCGAGGCCUCCCUGACGAUCGACGGCAUCUACUACGUCAUCGACCCCGGGUUUUGCAAGCAGAAGGCGUACAACCCCAAGAUGGGUAUGGACUCGCUGGUCGUUAGUCCCAUCUCGCAGGCGAGCGCGAGGCAGAGGGCGGGAAGGGCAGGACGUACCGGUCCCGGUAAGUGCUACCGCCUCUACACCGAGUCGGCGUACAAGCAGGAGAUGCUUUCCAGCUCGGUGCCCGAGAUACAGAGGACCAACCUCGGCAACGUGGUACUGCAGCUCAAGGCGAUGGGAAUCAACGAUCUCCUGGGCUUCGACUUCAUGGACCCUCCCCCACUACAAACGAUGGUGUCGGCCAUGGAGAACCUGUACGCCCUGGGGGCCCUUGACGAGGAAGGGCUGCUGACGAGAUUGGGGCGCAAGAUGGCCGAGUUCCCUCUGGAGCCGCAGCUGUCCAAGAUGCUCAUCACAAGUGUCGAGCUUGGGUGUGCUGAGGAGAUCCUGACGAUCGUGGCCAUGCUUUCGGUGGAGAACCCCUUCUACAGGCCCAAGGAAAAGCAGGCGCAGGCCGAUAUGAAGAAGGCCAAGUUCUUCCAGCCAGAGGGCGAUCACUUAACCCUACUUGCGGUGUACGAGGCGUGGAAGACGAGCAAGUUCAGCAACCCGUGGUGCUACGAGAACUUCGUGCAGGCCCGCUCGAUGCGGCGCUCGCAGGACGUGCGGAAGCAGCUCGUAUCCAUCAUGGACCGUUACAAGAUGGACAUCCUGACGGCCGGGCGCAACUACAACAAGGUGCGGCGUGCCAUCGUGUCCGGCUACUUCACACACGCCGCGAAGAAGGACCCGCAGGAGGGGUACCGCACCAUGGUGGAGGGGAACCCCGUGUACAUCCACCCCAGCUCGGCGUUGUUCAACAAGUCGCCGGAGUGGGUGCUGUACCACGAGCUCGUGCUCACGACCAAGGAAUACAUGCGCAACAUCAUGACGAUCGAGCCCAAGUGGCUUGUCGAGCUGGCCCCGCAGUUCUACAAGUCCGCGGACCCCAACAAGAUGACGCGGCAGAAGAGGAUGCAGAAGAUCGAGCCCCUGUACGACAGGUUCAACCCGCCCAACUCGUGGCGCCUCAGCAAGCGCAAGGGGUAGUCGUAGCUGUCGUAGCUGUGGGAGUUGUGGGAAAAGAAGACCACGCAGGCAGGGGGCACCGAUUCUUUACAUCAUCAUCCAAUUACGUCUUCUGAGUGGACUG